AUGGCUGUUCGAAACGCAGAGCGCGUAUAUAUUUUAAGGGAAGAACGACCUCCAUUCGAAACAUCGGAUAACUUCGAGUGGAAACAUGGCUGUUGGGAUCCACGUACGGUUGGUUUGUCAAUCGAUUCCACGCCAAGAAGUGCCCGAAGUGUUCUAAGGCUGAUCAAAGAAAUGAAAGAGCUUAAAAGAAACCCAGUGAAACACUGUCGAGCUGCACCGAGAGCCGAUAACAUUCACGAAUGGACAGCAGUGAUUAACGGGCCCGAAAAUACCGUUUACGAAGGUGGUACUUUUUUCGUGCAGAUGUUUGUACCGCCAACAUAUCCUUUUAAUUCACCCAAGGUGCAGUUCUUAACAAGGAUAUAUCACUGCAAUAUCAAUCGCCACGGUGUCGUUAAUAUCGAUAUUUUACGGGAUCGAUGGAGUUCUUCUAUGACAAUUGCAAGAAUUUUACAGGAAAUAGUUGCUCUUCUAUAUAACUGCAAACCUGAAAAUGCUUUACUGGAAAAUAUUGCGGAACAGUAUGUGAACAACCGAAAGGAAUUUGAUGCUACAGCACGGGUAUGGACAUUACGAUUUGCUCAGUGA